GAAUCCAAAGGAUCAACAACACAGUCUUUAUCCUUGGAAGAAGAAUUAGUCAUUGGAAAAUCGUUCUAUUAUCUAUUUUGACACUUUCUAUGACUAAGGGACCCUUUAAUUAUACUGAUUAUACUAGUAAAUUCAAUCUGGCCUGAUUAUACUUUUCAAUCAACAGAUCACAAUGGACGACCCUAGUACGAUAUUUUAAAUUUAUUUUCGUGGAAGGAACAAAUAAAAUUAAUACGCACAGAAACUUUCCGUACAUCUCACCACAAAAAUUGCGAAGGGUAAACAUGAAAGUGAUCAUGAAAGCUUGAAUGAUUCAGAUUGUGAACUCUUCCAUAAUUAGAAGGUUCAAUUCCAUAGACAGGAUAAGAUAUCAUUGUGAAUAGAGUGUGAUAGAAUUGUUAUGUCAGACUUAGGUAAAAAUUCAGAGUCUAAACAAGAACUGGCGCAGCAACCGGAGGAACAACAGCUGCAUCCAGUUCAAGAUAAUCAUAUUGAACAGGAUGAUGCCCAUUCAUUGUCCACACUUUCAUCAACUGAAUCUGCUCAUCUAGAAGAUGAUACUCAUGCACCUGUUCCUCUUGAUGAAGCUACCAAACGAGAAGUUGCUGAUAAGCAACGUCAUCCUAAACCAUCGUUAUUAAGAAGAAUAUCAACAGUAGCUUCUGAUUAUUUAGGUAGUUCGAUUGCCAGUAAUGAUAAUACAGUGGGGACUAUAUUACAAGAAGAAGCCAAUGAUUAUUUGGAUUUGAUUGAUCGAAAUUAUACUACCGAUGAUUGGUUUGGACAAGAUCAGUUAAGACAAUCGUUUAGUAGACGAGGCUAUGGGGAUGAAGAAGAACAUGAUGAAGAUUUGGAAGAAUUUCCUCAAACUUUUGGAGGUAUAGGUGGUGAAUCUGGUGGUGAGGGUCUGAUACGGACAGGUUCUGUUUCAUCCACCGGUGCUCCCCUUCAAAGAAGAAGAAGUACAGUUGUUUCUGCUAUUCAAGCAGUUACCACAAAAUUAGGAUUCUGGGAUAAAGAAUUCCAUGCUGAAAGAAUAAAAAUCAUUUUAACCUUUGCCAACAAUUAUUUAUUCCUUUUAACUGGGUUUACAGCUGCAUUAUGUAUCUAUUGGGGUUCUUAUUAUGAUCGUACUGCCAGAUAUAAAAAUAUUGAUUUUGCCAUUAUAAAUGCUGAUACUCAAGAAGGUCAAUUACCGGCUGUAGUGGGACCUGUGGUAGCAUCAUUUUUUAAUUUAACUGCAUUACAAGCAUUAGGAAAAUUCCAUCCUAUAGAUUAUGCUACUAUAUCUGCAUCUGCCAUAUCUCAUAAUAAUACUAUAACUGAAGAAGUUUAUCGUCAAAUUCAUCAUCAAAAGUAUUGGGCUGCCUUUUAUAUUAAACCAAAUGCAACUUUAAUGUGGUAUGAAGCUUUAGCAACUGGAUCAAAUGAAUUCUUACCAAGUCAAUUAUUGGAAGUAGUUUAUGAAACUGGUCGUGAUUAUAAUGCAGUCAAUAAUUAUAUUGUUUCAGUGGUACAUAAUAUCCUUCAAGCAUACUAUGCUUAUACUCCACAAACACCAUUAUUUGCCGAUUUAAUCAGUAAUUUAAACUCCACCCAAAAAUUAAAUGUGAUGACCAAUGCCCCUCAAUUACUAACUACCAUUCCAACAUUUGAAGAAAUCGAUUUAAUUCCAGUUCCAAAUCAAAUUGUUCAAGCUCCACUUCAAAUUGGAUUAAUUUAUUUAGUGAUUUUCAGUUUUUUCCAAUUUAUUCUUCAAUUACCAAUCCAUAUGUACAUUGCAUCCAAGAUCAAAGGAUUCAAAUAUGUGGCGUAUAGAAUGAUUUCAUCCCAAAUGGGGUAUGUGAUCUUAGCUUUAGGUUAUGUCUCAUUGAAUGCAGCAUAUGGUUUAAGUUAUUCCACUACUUUUGGUAGACUGGGAUUCUUAGUAGUAUGGGCAUUUGCAUAUCUUACCAUGGGAUCAUUAGGAAGUAUCAUUGAAGUAUUGGUAUUACUUCUAUUUGCUGUAAAACCACAAUUAAUUGGAUUUUUAUUAUUAUUUGUGGCAGUUAUAAAUGUUAGUCCCACCGUGUCACCCAUCAUGUUAUGUCCCGAUUUUUAUAGAUACGGUUAUGGUAUCCCCGUAAGGAAUUCAUAUGAUUUAAUGCAUGUGGCAUAUUUCAAUGCUUGGAAGGGGAAUAUGGGUAGAAAUAUCGGUAUCUUAUUAGCAUGGAUGGUAUGUAGUAACCUUGCUAUGCCAUUCUUGAUGAAGUGGAUGGCGGCUAAAAAAGCUAAAGCCGAUGCCGCAGCAGCAGCAGCAGCAGCGGCUGAAAAAGCAAGACUUGAAGAAGAAGCCGAAGUUAACUCAGUAACUGAACAUAAACAAUAGUAUCAGUAUUUAUUACAUAUAAACUAAUAUCAUAAUCUAAUAUC